GCUCACGGAGCGAUGGGAGGAGUUUUUUAGGCGCGCUCAUGGUGGCUGAAGACGAGGACAUCGUGGGCCGCGAGAUCGGAUCCGCGGUGCCGUUGAAGCAGCAGGGCCGGGCAGUGCCAUCGGCGCCGAAACGGCCCAAGGUGGAGCAGGUGUCUUCCGAAGAGGAGGAGGAGGAGGAAGAAGAUGCUGAGGAGGUACCGCCGCUGGCCCGCGCGCAGCCUUCGGAGCCGCGGCUGGAGGUGGAGCCUGGAGCCAACGUCCGCGAGAAUGCGGUGCAUGUGUAUGGCCUGGACUUUCUGAAGACCAGCCACAUGGAGGAGAUCUUCAGCCAGUUCGGGCACAAGUACGUGGAGUGGAUCAACGAGUCCAGCGCAAACAUCAUCUUCAAGAACGCAGAGGGGGCGAAGAAGGCGCUCGAGGCGCUGAGCUUUCCGAAGACGGAGGAUGAGCCCUGGCGGAGGACCCCGGACAUCCUGGUGGGCGAGGGCGUUCCGCCCAUCUUCCUCCAGAUGCGCCUUGCCACGGUGAAGGACCAUAAGCAAGCCAAGCGCUCCGUGCCCAAGGCGAUGUCCCCGAUGCACUACGCCCAGGUGUUCUACAAGAACCAAGCCCAGGGUGCGCGAGGCCGGCCAAGGCCGAACUCUGCCAAGGCCAAGCCCAAGGCUGGCACCAAGAGGCUUCAGGUGACGCCGGAGGAGUCCCAGAAGCGCCAGAAGCGAGGCGAGCGCUUCGGGGAUGACGAGGAAGUCAUCGUGGUGGGCGAGGCCAAGAAAGGUGCGGACAAAGCGGCCGCGGAGGAGGAGAAAGCAACGGAGGAGCCGAAGGAGUCGACGGAGGCACCGGAGAAGGAGUCCACCGAGGCGCCGGCGGCGGAGGCCCCGGCGGAGCAGGCGCCGGCGGCGGAAGCCCCGGCGGAGCAGGCGCCGGCGGCGGAAGCCCCGGCAGAGGCGCCAGCGGAGGAUGCGCCGAAGUGAGGGACG